AUCCAAUUGAUAGAGAAUGAUAUGUCCAUAUAUGCAGGUUUGAAGCUUACCGCAAUUGGUUGGGGACGCACAAGUAAUAAUGCUACAGCUAAACGACCAGAUACUCCAUAUAGUAUUGAUCUCAGAAUUCUUAACGAUCUGGAAUGUGAAAAACUUUAUCAUUAUUACAAUUCGACGUAUAAUAUAUGUGUUGAAGGUAAUGAGCUUUAUUCAAUUUGUCGUGGUGACUCUGGAGGACCUCUUAUUAAAAUUGAUUCUCAAAGCAAUGACUAUGUAGCUGUAGGAUUAAUAUCAUAUGGCAAAAAGUGUAAUAAUCCGACUGUACUCACAAGACUGUCAUAUUAUGUGGAUUGGAUUAACAUACAUUUAAAUGCAAUACAUUGAAAUUACUCACUACAAAUUCUUAGUACCACUUCCAGUAUAACAAAUUUUAGAAAUUAUUUAAUAUAGAAGCAAGGUCUGCAUGGUAUACGAAAUACAUUCAC